AAUAAAUUAGAAUCUCUUCUUCUUCUCCAAAAAGUAACUUUGUUCAGUAUUUUCUGGUGUCGAUCUUCAAUUUCAUAAAACCUAAAUUUACAUGUUGUUGAAGACAAUUAUCCCUCACAUCGCAAAUCUCGAUUUCGGAAUCCGCCCUUUUCUUAGUGUUGGUAGACUAAUUUCACCCCUCACGGCGGCGCCGCCGAGAAAUGGGUGAACUCCAAAUCCAACACCCCUUCUCUCUUCCACCACCGCCGCUCCCCCCUCUUCCGCAGCCGUCCUCAUCGCGCGACGAUCCCGCCACUCGGCCGUCCUCAUCGCCUGAAGGCCGUCCUCCUCCGCCACCCCUUCCUUUCGACCCCAGCCGAAUGAUCGGCAUCAUCAGAAGGAAGGCAUUGAUCAAAGAAUUGGCAGCUUCAUACCAUGCAGAGUGCCUCACUUACUGCCAAGAACUUUUGGAACUUCAGAAAAAAAUAGACGAGCCGUUUACGGACAUAAAACCGGCAGAUGAGCCAAGAAAAGAAAUGCUGAGAUCGAGACCCUCCAAACGUGUGAAGAAGUCCCGCUAGGUGUCACUGCUGAUUUUAGAUCUGCCUCUUAUUCACCUAUUAUCUUUUGAAUAUAUAUAUUAAAAGUGUAUAUGUAUUCAACAGCUUCAUACUUCCUCAUUUUGCUACAUAUGAUUAAGUUUAUGUGAAUGAUUGUGUUUAGUCAGUUAUAUCGAGCAUGGAAACCAUGUCUUCGUGAUGAAAUCCUUGUAAUGCUCGACUCCCGCGUAUAAGAAUUUGUGCGAUACUAGAUUGAUCUGUACCAUAAUUUGUGCUAUUUGUAUACAUUCUUUGUAAAUCUACCGGUUAAAAUGGUGUAGGUUAUUCCAA